AUGACGAUCUACAUGAAAAAGUUAUUCCAGAAAUCAAACUCAAGUUUUCUACUUUCAAGUGGCAAAGCAAUCACAGCCCAAGUUUCUCGAUUCAAAGACAACAACAUGUUCAUUGUCGACGCCGGAAUCGGAACCCCAAAACUAACAACCCAUGAAGAAAUCCGGUCAAUUCCGGCCAACCCAUCAAUCACAACCUUCGAAAACAAAGUGGGGUUUGUUGAAUCAACAGGUAGUGAGACUUUAAUCAAGACCCAGAUGUUAGAACGCAUGUUUGUUGAUCUUGUUGCAGGUGAGCCUGCAAUGAAGGAACGGGCCACGGCCCGGUUCAACGAUAUCGUUGCCGGGUCAGUUGAUUCGGUUUCUGGGGAACCUGCUGUUAUGAUGCCAAGAAGGUUUUUGCAGAAACAAGUUUGGAGUGAAUUGGGGAGAAUGUGGAAUGGGCAUAAGAAAGUUAGAGGCUUUUUGUUGGAAAAAGUUAGAGGUGGGUAUGCUGUUGCAGUUGCAGGGUAUAUUGGGUUUCUUCCGUUUCGUUCGUUGAUUGGACGACGAAAGUUGAGUGAUGACAAGUAUUUGAUUGAGAGUUUCAAUUCGAAACGAAACAAGUUUACUCUUUUUUGA